UUGUUCGCCUGAGUAACCCAUGUCUUCAGAAAGCAUUUGUUGCCUUCCCACAAUAUCAGAGCAGUGAAAGGCAAGCAGGUACUAGGAGGAAGACAACAGACAAAAAUUCUAGGACUGCAAAGAAUAUGCAGCUCAAGAGUAUUCUUGGGAGGAGAAAGGCAUCACAAUCUGAAAGCGCUGACUCCAUGGCUGAAAAAAUCAGGUCCCUGGAGUCCGAAAACAAGAUGCUAAAGGCUGAUUGGGAUCCAUGCCAAGAGAAGUUGUUGCAAGCAGAAAGCGAAAAGAAGAAACAUGCUGACCUUGCUCAUGGACUGACAAAGUCACUCCUUGAAAAGAUUGACGUGCUGUUCGCACACAUUGAAGCUAUGUCCACUGACACAGUCAUCUCAAGCGGAAGUGGGAGCACAACCACGAAGUGCACUGCCACAUUGUUGAAUAGCAAGCGUAAUCAGGAUGAUCUGCGUGUCUUCCCAUCGGAAAAAGCAUGCACGAGUGUUCUGUCUGCUAGGGCUGAUACCUUGUGUGAAGGCGGGACACGAUGUAUGCCACUGCGUCUGCCAGCAGCAGCGCCUUAACUGCAGCAGCACCGUUCAACUGUGAGCGUAAUCAGGGUGCUGUACAUCCCUUCCCUCCUGAGCCAGCUUGCACAAGUGUAAUGUCCAUGAACGCGGCUUUCUCGUGUGGGGCUACAACUCCAACAUAUAUCACCACAUCUGACACCAAGGGAUGCUAACCUCCCUUCACAUGCUCACAGCAGUGUUGUGUCUGUCCUGCCAGCAAUUUCAUGUGCAAGAGACAGGUCAGCUGCAACAUACGCCGUGACUACCAGCAGCAAUGCAACGACAGUUACCACAUUGUCCAAUUUUAAGGACAAGAAGGUGAUACAGUAAAACCUUGUCAAUUCGCCACUCGUUAAUUCCAACCAACAUUCCCGUUCCCGCUAGCCCCCAUAGACAUCAGUUAUUACU